CAACUUCUCUACGCACAUCAAAUCGUGUUCCAUCUAGCAUCAAACAUGAAGGUUUUCAUCGCACUGAUCGCUUUCGGGCUAGCCGUUGCUGCCCAGGGCUCGUAUGUGGACUCUUGGAACGGUUGGAAUGGAUGGAAUAACGGUUGGAAUAAGGGUUGGAACAACGGCUGGAGCAACGGUUGGAAUGGAUGGAACAACGGCUGGAACAGCUGGGACGAUCAUAGCUCCGUUGCAUGGCCCGCAUAUGGCCACUCGUGGCCAACUUAUGGCAAAGCAUGGAAUGGAUGGUAUGCCCCGAAAACUACCGUUGUCCAAGCUAACGUGGCCAAAGUUGAUCCCUGGGGACUAGCGUGGGGUUCGUACGGACAUGGUUACAAUAACUACCUGGGAGGUGUUCCGACCGCCAAAUAUGUUGCAGUCAACCCAGGAUCUGUACAUGUUGCCCCACUCGUUGGUCAUGCAGUCAGUCAAAAACUGAUUGUGGCCUAAGGCAAAGAUUUACGGACAACACUCACUUACUGAUUGGCUGAAUAAAGAUGACUAUUUUAUGUUUUAAA